GCCGCUCGGCCCGGCGGGAUGGCCGCGGCGGUGCUGGGGCUGACGCUGGGCGGAGGAGUUUUGCUGGCCGCCUGGCGCUGGCUGCGCGGCGCGGCUCGGGCCGCCGCCGUGGGUGGGUUCUCCAUGCGGGGCAAGACGGUCAUCAUCACGGGGGCCAACAGCGGCCUGGGCCGGGCGGCGGCGGCCGAGCUGCUGCGGAUGCGGGCCCGCGUCAUCAUGGGCUGCCGCGACAGGGCGCGGGCCGAGCGGGCAGCCCGCGAGAUCCGGGCCGAGGUGGGCGAGCGGGCGGAGGACGAGGGCGGCGGCGGCGGCGAGCUGGUGGUGCGCGAGCUGGACCUGGCCUCGCUCCGCUCCAUCCGCGCCUUCUGCCACCGCGUCCUCCAGGAAGAGCCAAGGCUGGAUGUUCUGAUAAAUAACGCAGGAAUAUUCCAGUGUCCGUACAUGAAGACAGAGGAUGGUUUUGAGAUGCAAUUUGGUGUAAACCACUUGGGUCACUUCUUGCUCACCAACCUUCUUCUGGGCCUCCUCAAAAAUUCUGCUCCAAGUAGGGUUGUUGUAGUAUCCUCAAAGCUUUACAAAUAUGGAGAGAUCAACUUUGAAGACCUGAACAGUGAAAUAAGUUACAAUAAAAGCUUUUGUUACAGUCGGAGUAAACUGGCUAACAUCUUAUUUGCAAGGGAGCUAGCCCGUCGGUUAGAAGGGACAGGAGUCACUGUCAAUUCACUUCAUCCUGGAAUUGUCAGAACAAAUCUAGGCAGAUAUGUGAAUAUUCCUUUGCUGGCUAAACCCCUAUUCAACUUGGUGUCAUGGGCUUUCUUCAAAACACCUCUGGAAGGAGCCCAAACAACUAUUUAUUUAGCCUCUUCUCCUGACGUUGAAGGUGUGUCAGGAAAAUACUUUGGGGACUGCAAAGAGGAAGAACUCCUGCCCAAAGCCAUGGAUGAUUUGCUUGCGAGAAAGUUGUGGGAUAUCAGUGAAGUGAUGGUUGGCUUACUGAAAUAAGUGCCAGGUGAAUCUGCAAAAAAAAAAAA